AUGGCUCCCAAAAGUGUAGACUACUCGCUGUACUUGGUGACAGACUCCACGCCUGCCAUCUUGGGCGAUAAAGAUCUGGUGGCGGUAGUAAAAGCGGCUGUCGAAGGAGGAGUCACAAUAGUACAGUACCGUGACAAGACUUCCGAGACAGCAGAUCUCGUGCGAAUAGCGAAGCAGCUCCAUCAAGUCACAAGAGCGGCAGGCGUGCCACUACUUAUCAACGACCGCCUCGAUGUUGCACAGGCGGCUGGUGUCGAAGGCGUACACGUCGGUCAAGACGAUCUGGACUUGAUCACUGCACGCCGAAUACUGGGACCAGACGCUAUCAUCGGGGUGACAGCGAACAGUGAAGCAGAAGCACUGCAAGCGGCAAAGGAUCGCGCCGACUAUCUCGGCAUCGGCACUGUCUAUGCGACACCCACCAAGGAGAACACAAAAUCAAUCAUCGGCACGGCAGGGGUACAGCACGUCCUCGAAUCAUUAGCUGUCCAUGGUCACGAUGUGAAAACAGUCUGCAUAGGUGGCAUCAACGCCUCCAACGCCCAAAGAGUCCUCUUACAAAGCGCCUCGCCACAGAAGAAGCUCGAUGGAAUCGCCGUUGUCUCUGCUAUAGUAGCAGCAGACGAUGCCAGAGCCGCAGCCUCGAUCCUUCGAAACCUGAUCAGCACACCUGCUCCAUUCGCACCACCAAGCACGAGAUCCCAACUCUCCCGCGAUGAGAUCGUCCGCCGUGCACCAGAAAUCAUCAAAGCCAUGGCAAGCAAAAAGCCCCUCUGCCACAACAUGACCAACCUCGUCGUCCAAAACUUUGCCGCAAACGUGGCACUCGCUAUCGGCUCCUCCCCCAUCAUGUCCAACAACGGCCUCGAAGCAGGAGAUCUAGCGGCACUCGGAGGCGCUCUCAUCAUCAACAUGGGCACCACAACGCCCGAGAUCCGGAACAACCACCUCAAAGCCCUCGCCGCCUACAAUGCCGUUGGCGGGCCUGUCCUUCUCGAUCCAGUCGGAGCAGGAGCCACAGAGCAACGUCGCGAAGGCGUGAAAGCGCUCAUGGCAGGUGGAUACUUUGAUGUGAUCAAAGGUAAUGAGGGUGAGAUCAGGCAGGUCUCAGGUGCCAGUGGUGUGAAGCAGCAUGGUGUGGACUCUGGUGCUUCUACGCUGUCUUUGGAGGACAAGAUUACGUUGUGCAAGAGUAUAGCGACGAAGGAGCGUAACAUCAUCCUCAUGACGGGGAGUACUGAUGUGAUCUCGGAUGGGCAGAGGACGCUGACGAUCAGCAAUGGGCAUGAGUAUCUCGGGAACAUUACUGGGAGUGGGUGCACGCUGGGAACGACUAUUGCUAGUGUCAUGGCUGUUGAGCGGGAAGAUAAACUUCUAGCCGCAGUGGCUGGCAUCCUCAUGUAUGAGAUCGCUGCGGAGAAAGCUGCAUCCAGAGAGCAAGUGCGAGGACCUGGGACGUUUAUCCCGACGUUCAUCGAUGAGCUCUACCUUAUCAGGCAGGACAGUCUUGAAGGUAAGGGAGAGUGGACACAAGCUGCAAAAUUACAAAUCGUAUAG